CUUUUGUGUAAUCACCAUGUCCUUAUCAUAUAUAGCAUAUAAUAUAGCUAUCUGAUACCUUUUCUUCAGUUGUUUCGUUUGCUUUUUUGUUUGUAGUCAUAGCCAUUUUUUGUGACAAGUUGGGCGCAAAACAUGCCUGUAGUGUGCAACCUGAUCUUACUGGCUACAAAAUAAUGUAAGGGAUGUCGUUGCAGCCAAUAAAUCGUGCGGUAGCAAUUGGUAACUUUUGUGAUGAAAACCGAGGGAAGGUGAAAUUCCAGAUUUGUUUGUGGUUCGUCACGACAUUGAUGCUGUGCAGUGCUCAUGGAAUGACAGUUGAAAGAUAGCUGCUGAAGCAACAUUUGAUGUCAGCACAUUUCAGAACCAACUGCACACCUUUGACAUGUCAUGCUUGUUGGAUAUUGCCAACUGCUGUCUUCUUGUGUUGUUUUGCCAUGUUUGAAGAUUCUCUCGUGAGCUUAUUUACCAGACCAGCACGCCAGUGGUUCAGACAUCAGUGAUGGGCCUGAGAAUGUUGUUCUUGCUUGGCUAAUUUACAUUGAAAAUUUAAUAGAUGGAUCUAACUACUGAAAUGGUUUAUGUAUAUAGUCAAUAGCAUGAUAUGAUAUGAGCGGAGGUGUUACAAACAUGAGGCACACUUGGUUGGCAGUCACUUACAUGCCAAUUGAAGUUGCUUGCUUCUCAGUUAGUAGUUUGCUGCAAUUAGUUUAUUUGAUAUGAGAUGUGCUAUAGGGAUCCAUACAUGACAAGAUUAUCCAGAGCAGUCUAGUUAAUAUGGGUAACAGCAAAAGAUGGUAGCACAAGCAUUGUUUGGUUGCUCGAAUGUUUGUUUGCCCGACUGGUUGUCCGUACAACGAGCUUUGCUCUCUCAGUACAUGUUUGGUCAGAAAGGUAGUUACAGUUACACUCGGCUAUGUGACAGUUUUGAUUCGUUCUGUUGAAUUAUGAAACUCUGGAAUAACCUAAACCCAAUACUGCUCCAAGAUCAUGCUGGAGAGGCACACAAACCGCCACCGUGGCUUUGGCUUCGUGACGUUUUCAGACCCCAGGGCAGUUGAGACUGCUAUCAAUGACAUGCACAACAAAGAGUUAGAUGGUCGUACCAUUUCAGUGAACAGGGCUGAGCCAAAGUUGCAAACAGAUGACACGCGGUACAGCGGUGGUGGCGGCGGCGGUGACCGUGGGGAUUAUCGUGGUGGCAAGGGUGAUGGUCCACCCCCUGGCAAUUGCUUUGAGUGUGGCCGUGCUGGUCACUGGGCUCGUGACUGCCCUAACCCUGGUGGCGGCCGUUCGGGGCGAUUCCCUUCCAAGUUCAGUGGCGGCGGUGGCAGGGGAGACCGCUUUUCUGGAUCAGACAGGUUUGGUGACCGUUAUGUGGAUGAUCGCUAUGAUAGUGGCCGUUAUGGUGGGUACCGUGAGCCUAUUGACAGCAGAGACAGAUAUGAUGGGGGCCGUGAUCGUUAUGCCAGCGACCGGUACCCCUCUGGUGGUGACCGCUAUGGUACAGACAGGUACGGAGCAGCCCCAGACCGUUAUGCACCAAGUGGCGGUGGAGGCGGCUACGGCAGGGAGCGAGAAAGAAGCUAUGAGAGAGACACGGUGCGUGGUGGCGCCUAUGACAGGAGCGGCCCAAGGGGCGGCGCAAGCUACGACAGGGAUGGCCCAAGGGGCGGCAUCGGCGGUGGCUAUGACAGGGACGGUCCACGCGGAGGCGGUGCCGACUACGGCAGCGGAGGGCCUACCCGCUACGAGGGAGGAGGUUACAGGGAGAGGCCUGCGCCGUAUGACCGCCCCAGCAGGGGAGGAGGCCGCUUUGACGACCGCUACUAGCGACCCGUUGCUGCAGCCAGUCGAGCUAUGUAUUUGCGUUUGAACCCUUUUCAGUUUGGCAUGGCCGAAUGCUUGAUGAGUACUCUGUCGGCACCGGUUACCUCUAUUCUGUACUGCAAAUGUUACUCCCCCCCUGAGCACUGGUUGAGUUUAUCCUGCAGACUGUUUUCCAUGGUGAGUUUUGAGUCUGUGGUUGUUGGCUGUGGGCCACCUUUGCUGAACGGUUUCUGUACUUGCAUCUUAUCAUCAAUCUGUCUGAAUUUAUGAAAUCCCUGCUGCCCGGCUGUGGUUGGUAUGAAAUCUUGCUUCUCUGCUGUGGUUGAACCUGUUCUGUACCAGAAUUGGUACCCACAACUUGCUGAAUUUAUCCAUCUAUCUGCUUCCAUUGCUGAGGUGAAUUAUGCCCAUGGUUUGCUGAGGUGAAUCUGCUAUGCCAUGGUUGUUUGACUGGGUGCUAACCUUUGCUGAACGAUGUUUUAUGUAUGAUCAUGAUAUAACCAGCCUGAGCUUAUGAAACCCUGCUGCUCUGCUUUGGUUGGUAUCAUGGUGGAUCUGCAACUGCCAAGGUUCGUGUUUCGAGAAAGAGGGUCCGCAAUGAUUUGAUGAAACGAGUUUUCAGACUUGUCUUGAUAACCGUGUUACUUAGCUCAUUUUGUGUUGGCUGAGUAUGAACAAGAAUUACAGAAUCAGUUUUAGUUUUUUUUUAAAAUCACCAUGUUUCUGUAAAACGUUUGGGCAAAAUGUACCCUUUGUGCUAUGCACGAAGAAUAUAUGCUUGCUCUCUUUGAUCCUGUAAAA